AUGGAAAAUAACGUAGCGAAGGUGAGAAAGGGGGCAUGGUCUCCAGAGGAAGAUGCCCUCCUCCAGAGAUGCGUCCUCCAGUAUGGUGAAGGGCAAUGGCAUCUAGCUCCAGAGAGGGCAGGUACGACUUCUUCAUACAUAAAUUAUGUAGGUUGGAUGAGUCUUGAUGUUCAAUUCGUGUCGCCCUUCCUGGAUAUGAAGCGAAAAUAGGGCUUCAUAGUCGCAUAAAAGUUUCAACAGACAGAUGAGGAGCCGAGUUUGUUUCCGUAGUUACGAACGAGUUCCUUCCGUCGUCCUCUGAUAAAUCUUCAGGUUUGAGACGCUGUCGUAAGAGUUGCCGUCUGAGGUGGCUGAACUAUCUGAAGCCGAGCAUCAAACGUGGGGAAUUUCAGGAAGACGAAGUCGAUCUUAUCAUCCGGCUCCACAAGCUCUUGGGGAACAGGUUAGUUAUUAGAGAAGACCUUCCCCAAGAAUGAACUCCCGCUCAACAACGAGGCCAUGAUUCAGACGUCAAACGAAGCGUGUUUAAUGUUUCAGGUGGUCGCUAAUAGCAGGUAGAAUUCCAGGCAGAACGGCGAACGACAUCAAGAACUGCUGGAACUCCUGCUGGAGCAAGAAGGUGGGAGCUCAAGCGAAGGUGGCCAGGAAGAUCAACAAAAGAAACACCGUCGGCUUGGCUGUGAAGUACAAUUCCUGCAUAUUGGGACAAGCUAGGCAGACGCCUCGUCUAGCUCGCUUCACAGAGGCUAUCGGUGGUUGUCGCCACGAGAUUUUCAGGCCUCGGCCUCGAACCUUGUCCGAAGGCCAAACCUGCCUUCCGGACAUCAUCACGUGCAGUGAAUUUCUCCCCGGUGGACAGUGCUUUUCCUCUACAGAUGAGAGAUCUUACAACGAACAAGAUCUCGUGGCAUGGAGGUGGCUUCUACUGGAAGACGACGAAAAAGAUCGGGAACAGCGACAACAGGAGGAACGGGAAAAAAGAGAUGUCAUCCCCUUUUCAGUCGAAGAAGACCUGCUCCAUUGGCCGCCUCAGACAGAUGAAGAGGUAGAACGAGGAUGGUGGCCGCUGGGGUGGGAGGAUAUUCUGUUGGAUGCCGACCUAACUUCUGGGAGCGGCUUGGGUUGA